AUGGCGAGCUCGCUGGCCCGCCUGGGAGCGGCGCUGCCACGCGCGCGCCCACGCGCCGCGGCCCGAGCCGUGCCACUGGGGCGGUGGGACGCCGCGGCGCUCGGCGCCUCCCGCCGCGCCGCGCUGAACGCUUGCAGAUGCCAAGUUCAUUCCGACGUUAAAGUACCCCCUACAUCCGACUUGAAGGAUGGUAGCAAAUCUGAAACUUGGAGGAUCAAGAUGCUCUACGAUGGUGAUUGCCCUCUCUGUAUGCGUGAGGUAAACAUGCUAAGAGAAAGAAACAAAUCCUAUGGAGCAAUAAAGUUUGUUGACAUAAGCUCGAAAGAUUACUCUCCAGAUGACAAUCAGGGCCUUGAUUAUGAAACUGUCAUGGGGAGGAUACAUGCCAUUCUUUCAGAUGGAACUGUUGUCACAGAUGUUGAGGCAUUUAGAAAACUGUACGAGGAAGUAGGACUUGGAUGGGUUUAUGCUGUUACUAAGUAUGAGCCUGUAGCUACCAUGGCAAAUGCAGUAUAUGGUGUGUGGGCGAAAUACCGUAUGCAAAUUACAGGUCGACCUCCACUAGAAGAGAUUAUGGCAUCCCGAAAAGCUGCAGGCGAAUGUAAAGAUGACAAAGUAUGCAAGAUGUGA